AUGUUCCGUUUCCGAAAGGGUCAAUCGUACUGCCGAAAGCUGCAGGACGCUCGCGAGGCCGGCGAGGAUGACAUCGAGGCGAUUCUGGCCGACAUUCUCCAAAAGGAGGCCAAGCAAACCGCGGUGACGGUAACGGUGUGCGAUGGCCCGCCUUCUCCCAGGGCCAACUUCACGGUGACCUCCCUCCCCUCCGGCGACAUGAUCCUCUUCGGCGGGGAGUGCUUCGACGGCCAGGACACCAAGUGCUUCAAGGAUCUCUUCCGGUGGAACGUCGAGAAGAACGAGUGGCGCCAGAUCGAGUCGCCCAACACCCCGCCCCCCCGGUGCUCUCACCAAGCGGCGUAUUUCAGAGAUCACUUGUAUGUGUUCGGCGGGGAGUUUGCCACGACGGACCAGUUCCGCCACUACAAGGACUUCUGGCGACUCAACGUCAAGACGAACGCUUGGGAGCAGCUGGAGACGUCCGGCAAGUCCCCCUCAGUGAGAAGCGGCCACCGCAUGGUGGUUUGGCGCAACCAGCUCGUCCUUUUCGGAGGGUUUCACGAGGCGUCUCGCGUUACGAGUUGGUUCAACGACCUCUACAUCAUGGGUUUCCAGGACCUCAAGUGGCGGCGGAUAGAGUUCCCCGCCACGGCUACGAUACCUGCCCCAAGGAGCGGGCACCAGAUGGCGGUGUACGCACCGGGGGAACAAAUAUUCCUGUACGGGGGGUAUUCGAAGGAGAAGGAGCCUGGGCAGAAGAAAGAGGGCAAGACUCACAACGACAUGUGGGUUUUGAACAUGAAGCCAGCCGUAUCCGGGGGAAAUCCGACAUGGGACCGGAUCGGAAAGAAGGGGGCCCCGCCGUCGAUCCGAUCCGGAGCGGCGAUGACGGUCCACAAGAACAGGGCCUUGCUCUUUGGAGGCGUUUUGGACCACGAGGGGCCGCAGCAUGCCCUCAGGUCGGUGUUCUACAACGACCUCUUCGCGUUCGAUAUGGAGCGGCGGCGUUGGUACCACCUAGCACUGAAGAAGGCAGGCAAGAAGAAGGUCAAGGAGAAGGGCAAGGGAAAGCAUGGGACAGCAGGGUCUGAACAGAUUCAGGCGCAAAACGACGACCAUCAGGAGGAGGAAGAAGAGGACUACAUCGACAGCGAUGACGAGCGGGAGGACGGCGAGAAAGCCCCGCACGAGAACGCGUUCGUGUACAUCGACGAGUCCGGCAAGCUGGUCUACGUGGAGCCGGAGGAGGAGGAGGAUGGGGAAGGCGACGCCAAGGGGACCGGAGUGGCGGCGAGUUUGGAGGAGAAAGAAUCCGGUUUGGAGGAGGAGAAGGAGGAGACGAAGGACGAGAAGGGUCACGCUGUCGCGGAGGAAGCACCUUCGGCCACUACGGCAAGCGACACAUGUUCAUCCCAGCAAGCUCACGGCGGAUUGGAAGAGAAGCAGGACGACAAAGUAAGAGGGGAUGGUGUCGCCCCAUCCCCUGCUGUCGAUGCUGCCGACAUUCACGUCCAGCUCCAAGUCCAAUCGGGUUCGACGGCAGAUUCGGUGCCGGAUGCCGGGAAGGACGAAGGAGGGGAUGCGGAAGAAGCGUCCCCGUGUCCAUUGCCCCGCAUUAAUCCCUGCCUCACCGUGCGGGGUAACACUCUCUACGUCUACGGCGGGCUGCUCGAGGUUGGUGACCGCGAGUUCACGCUGGACGACUGCUGGAGCCUGGAGCUCAACACGCGUGUGGCUUGGAAACGGGUCCAGGAGGGCACGAUGGACGAGCAAAUGUGGAAGGGGGAAGAGGACGAGUCGGAGAUGGGGUCAGAGUGGGGAGAAGAGGAAUCAGACUCUGAUUACUCCGAUGACGAUGAUGAUGACGGGGGGGAGGAGGACCGCGUCAAACCGGUGUCGGCCGGCAUGAGCUGCAUGACCCUGGAUGGGGGCGACGCGGUUGAAAACGACGGUGCCGCAAAGAAGACUGCCAAGACCGAAAAAGCCAAGAAGAGCAAGGGAGGCAAGAGGGGGAAGCACGGGGGUGUGCGAGAGGAGAUCAGACAGCUGCAGGAGCUGCUUGACGUUGAUGACCCCAACAGGACCCCCCAGGCCGGCGAGGUGAUGCGCGAUUUCUUCGAUCGCACGAAAUUGUUCUGGACAACCGAGAUCGUGCGAAGAAGAGACGAGUCCGAGGUGCCCUUGGAAGCCAUGACUGAGAAGGGGCUCAGACGAGACGCCUUCGCGCUCGCGGGGGAAAGGUACGCUGAGCUCGAACCGUCGCUGGCACGCCUCAACGCUCUCGAGGCGGAGCAGCGGGGGUUGGAGGCACGGGAGGCGGAGAAGAGGAGGGAAAAGAAGGCCUCCGGUCCUCGUUCGAGUCGAAGAUGA